AUGGAGUCCCCAACACGAAACCAGACCUCCCGGUUCUUCAUUGCUGUCCCCAAGUCCUGCCUAUCAAUGCCUGCAUCCCUUGAGAUGACGUCAGGGAAUGAUAGUUUUCUGCUCCUGGUUUAUUAUUUAUACCUGUAUUUUAACCUUCACAUUAUCUAUCUAUCUAUCUAUCUAUCUAUCUAUCUAUCUAUCUAUCUCAGGGUAUUCAUAUUAAUCUAUCUAUCUAUCGCAGUCUAUUCAUAUCUAUCUAUCUUAUUCAUAUCUAUCUAUCUAUCUAUCUAUCUAUCUAUCUAUCUAUCUAUCUAUCUAUCUAUCUAUCUAUCUAUCACAGUCUAUUCAUAUCUAUAUAUCUAUUUAGCUAUUGAUUACAUAAUCUAUCUAUCUAUCUAUCUAUCUAUCUAUCUAUCUAUCUAUCACAGUUUGUUCAUAUCUAUUUGUCUAGGUCUAUUCAUAUCUAUCUAUCUAUCUAUCUAUCUAUCUAUCUAUCUAUCUAUCUAUCCAUCUAUCUAUCUAUCUAUCUAUCUCAGUCUAUUCAUUUCUUUCUAUCUAUCUAUCUAUCUAUCUAUCUAUCUAUCUAUCUAUCUAUCACAGUUUGUUCAUAUCUAUUUGUCUAGGUCUAUUCAUAUCUAUCUAUCUAUCUAUCUAUCUAUCUAUCUAUCUAUCUAUUUAUCUAUCUAUCUAUCUAUCUAUCUAUCUAUCUAUCUAUCUAUCAAGGUCUAUUUCUAUCUAUCUAUCGAGGUCUAUUUCUAUCUAUCUAUUUAUCUAUCUAUCUAUCUAUCUAUCUAUCUAUCUAUCUAUCUAUCUAUCUAUCUAUCUGUCAUGAAGCUACACAUUCUUACUAAAUUUGAAUUAAGUAAACAUCAAUUUGUCAUGUUUCAGAAUCUGUUCUCUUUUUCUCUACUCAGAAAAGCUGAUUACAUAAACUAUCUAUCUAUCUAUCUAUCUAUCUAUCUAUCUAUCUAUCUAUCUAUCUAUCAGUCUUUUCACAUCUAUCUAUCUAUCCAUAAUGAAGCUACACAUUCUUACUAA